GGGAAUCGGGUCGUGAUUUGGUGGGUUGGUUCAUUGAAGAUAACGUGGGCAACUUCCUUUGAUGCUCUGAUGCAGAGCGUUUCUUUAUAAGGCGAAGAGACACCCGGUUGGAGAGACCCAUCGAGAAGCGACAAGGAGGGAGGCCGGGUCGUGAUUUGGUAGGUUGGUUCCUUGAAGAUGACGUGGGCAACUUCGUUCGAUGCUCUGAUGCAGAGCGUCUCUUUAUAAGCCGAAGAGACGCACAGCGGGAGAGACCCAUCAAGAAGCGACAAGGAGAGAGAGAGAGAGAGAGAGAAAUGGUGGUGAAGGUGUACGGGCCUGACUACGCGUCGCCGAAGCGAGUGCUGGUGUGCCUAAUCGAGAAGGGCGUCGAGUUCGAGACCGUCCCUAUCGAUCUCUUCAAGGGCGAGCACAAAGCCCCCGAGUUCGUGAAGCUCCAGCCCUUCGGAUCAGUUCCUGUGGUUCAAGAUGGCGACUACACUCUUUUCGAAUCGCGGGCCAUCAUAAGGUAUUAUGCCGAGAAAUACAAGCACCAAGGGACCGACCUGCUGGGGAAGACAAUAGAGGAGAGGGGGCUUGUUGAGCAGUGGCUCGAAGUCGAGGCCCAGAACUUCCAUCCGCCAAUCUUCGACCUCGUCCUCAAAAUUGUCUUCGGCCCAUUUAAGGGACUUACCCCGGAUCCGAAGCUGCUCCAAGAGAGCGAGGACAAGCUCUGUAAGGUUCUGGAUGUCUAUGAGGAGAGGCUGUCGAAGAGCAAGUACCUGGCGGGGGAUUUUGUCAGCCUCGCCGACCUGAGCCACCUCUCAGUCACCCAGUACUUGGUGGGCAAGAUGGGGAAGGAGAACCUGAUAAGGGACCGGAAGAAUGUUUGCGCAUGGUGGAAUGAUAUCUCGAGCAGGCCUUCCUGGAAGAAGGUCCUCGAGCUCUGGCCCGGUCUGUAUUAGGGCCGUUUUAUUAGGCGUGCCGGGUGCGCCCGAGUCCUCGAUCUGAAUCGGCGGAUUUGGGCGAUCAAAUAAGCUUUUGUUGAGUCUGGUUUGUGAAGGUCAUGUGUAAAAGUGGGAUCACUCCAGUAACUGAUCCUGUUGUGGACCUCUUUGGUGUUGUACACGGGGGUGUCGUGUCUUGUCGGGCCAUGUAUGCGGCUAAUUAGUACUAUGCUAGCAACUUUGGUGAAAUAAAAAUAUAACCCACCUACUUAAGUCAA